AUGUCCCCUUCCACCUCUGUGGUUAAUGUCAACGCAGCUCCAGUCCUCAAACAUCUGAUUCAAUUCAACCCUUCCUCACAGCUGCCCAUUAAAUUGUCUGGCAACCACAUUUUUACGAUCUGGAAGGCUGAGAUUGCCAUGCUGCAUCAUGGCCAUGACCUCUAUAGUAAUCUUGAUGGCACUAAAUUGUCCCCACCUGAAACAGUCACCACUAAUGGCCAUGAGACUGCCAACCCCGAGUACACGGAUUGGUUUUGUCAGGAUAAACUAAUCCAAAAUGCUCUCAUGGCUUCUAUUGAUGCCACAAUUGCAUCCACUAUAGCUUACCCGCUCACCUCCAAAACUAGUGUGGGAUCAACUUCACACUUCCUUUGCGAUCAAAUAGCAGAACCGCAUCUUCAACCUUCAUCACCAUCUCAAUCAAGUUCACCCGUCAAUAACAAAGAACUUGUGGUGAAAGUAUUGAGUGGCCUUGGGCUAGAGUUCUGUGAGAUCUCAGCGGCCAUACCAGUACAUGACUCUCCAAUAAGCUAUGAGGAACUCUUUGAUAAGCUUCUGGAUCAUGAACUAUUCAUCAAACAUGAGGAUCUCAAGAUUACUACCACCCAGGUCACUGCAGUUGUUUCUCAACGUGUGACAAAUCCUCCAUCAGUCCCAUGCCAUAAUCGUGGCGCAACUUCCCACACCAUUCUUCACGAGUCCGCUGUCAACUUUGUGACAAAUUUGGACAUACGGCAAGUGUUUGCUGCCCUCGGUCCCAUAGCAGCUUUGAACCAAAAGUAA